UGGCUCCUGUGCGCCCUCGGGCUCUGGGGCGCAGAGGCCGGAUUGCCGCCCGCGCCCCCUGAGCUGCCCACCGGAGACUCCUGCCUGGCCGGCUUUACCAGCGGGGUCCCUAACUUCGUGCUGGAUACCGAGGCCUCGGUCAGCAACGGGGCUACCUUCCUGGGCUCCCCCGAGGUGCAGCGGGGCUGGAACUGCGUACGCGCCUGCUGCACCACCCAGAACUGCAACCUGGCGCUGGUGGAGCUGCAGCCCGACCGCGGGGAGGACGCCAUCUCCGCCUGCUUCCUCAUGAACUGCCUGUACGAGCAGAACUUUGUGUGCAAGUUUGCUCGCAGGGACGGCUUCAUCAACUACCUCACGCAGGAAGUUUACCGUUCCUACAGAGAUCUGCAGAAACAGGGCUUUGGAGGGGCCCAGAUCCCCAGGGCCUGGGUGGGCAUAGACCUGAAGGUACAACCCCAGGAGCCCCUGGUGCUGAAGGAUGUGGGCAACACAGACUGGCACCUACUUCAGGGUGACUCCGGCCUCAGCAUAGAGAGGAAGAAGCCGGACCAGGUGGAGCUGUGGGGACUCAAGGAAGGCAUCUACCUGUUCCAGCUGACUGCAGCCGGCUCAGAUGAUCCCCAGAGCACAGCAAACGUCACGGUCACUGUGCUGUCCACCAAGCAGACAGAAGACUACUGCCUGGCCUCCAGCAAAGUGGGCCGCUGCCGGGGCUCCUUUCCCCGCUGGUACUAUGACUCCAAAGAGCAGAUCUGCAAGAGGUUCAUUUACGGAGGUUGCUUGGGUAACAAGAACAACUACCUUCGGGAGAAGGAGUGCAUGCUGGCCUGCCAGGAUGUGCAAGGCCCCUCCAUGGAAAGGCAGCAUCCAGUGUGCUCAGGCAGCUGCCAGCCCACCCAGUUCCGCUGCAGCGAUGGCUGCUGCAUCGACAGCUUCCUGGAAUGUGACGACACCCCAGACUGCCCUGACAGCUCGGACGAGGCCGCCUGUGAGAAAUAUAGCACUGGCUUUGACGAGCUCCAGAACAUUCAUUUCCCCAGUGAAAAAGGGCACUGUGUGGACCUGCCAGACACAGGGCUCUGCCAGGAGAACAUCCCACGCUGGUACUACAACCCCUUCAGCGAACGCUGUGCCCGCUUUACCUACGGUGGUUGUUAUGGCAACAAGAAUAACUUUGAUGAAGAACAGCAGUGUCUGGAGUCCUGCCGAGGCAUCUCCAAGAAGGAUGUUUUUGGCCUGCGGCGAGAGAACUCCAUUCCCAGUGUAGGCUCGGUGGAAGUGACCGUUGCUGUACUCCUGGUCACCUGCAUCAUAGUGGUGAUAGCCAUCUUGGGUUACUGCUUCUUCAAGAACCAGAGAAAGGACUUCCAAAGACACCGCCACCACCCGCCACCCACGCCCGCGAGCUCCACUGUCUCCGCCACCGAAGACACAGAACACCUGGUCUAUAAUCACACGACCCGGCCACUCUGAGCCAAGGGCACUUCCUGCUUGUGAAGACUGGGGACACUUGGGGACCAGACUCCUUCUGCCUGUUUUGCAGGCUUUUGUGCCUCAGAAGCAAGGCUUUUCCUCUCUAGAGAAGCCUCAACUGAACUUGCACCAGCUGUUCCUGAGAAAGCUCAAGGGUCUGGGAGCAGCAGAAAACCCCUGAGCCAUUAUUGGACAUGAAAGGACCCACCUAAAGCUGGGUUUUUGUUGUGUUCAAAGCUGCCUGCCGCCGCCCUCUGGCUCUGGGAAGAGAACUGGGGUGGUAUUGGACACCGACCCUAUCUGCCACAGCUCCCCUUCAUCUUUGCACAGUGUGGGGCUGGGAGGGAGGACUUCCCUAUGUAGUUCGUGCUAUAAAGAACUGCUUUUUUUGGGGUACCGGGAAUUGAACUUGGGACCUUGCACUUGCAAGGCAGGUGGUAGAACCUU